CGCCGCGAAACUCGGUCGUAACAGUUGGCACUUUUACAUUAUUCGAACCAGAUUUCUGAAGCCGCGUCCGCUUGUCGACUCGUUAUUAAUCCGACUUUUGCUCGCGGUUUCUCUUGUUUCUCCUAGAUUUGCCGUAUUUUCUCAUCCGAAUUUCACGAUGACACCCACCCACUGCAUUCUCAUCGCUCUGUCGCUGUGCGCGGCGGCUUCAUCCACUGCCGGUUGUAAGUAUUCCGUCGAGUCGUACACCACCACCGAUGCCAUGAUCGUCACCGAGGCCGCUUUCGUCGCACAAGUGAGCGCCGAGUGCGAAGACUCGCCGUCCAACCUGUACGCCGAGGUGGAAGGCCGACUUCUGGUGGCGGCCAACGCUGGUCCGAACAAAUACCAAGUCAGUUGGUUAGACGACUUCAAGAAGGCUCGUCGUGGCGAUUAUCACGUGAAAUUUUACGACGAGGCCGGUUAUGGACAGCUCAGGAAACUGUUGCGUGAUGGAGAAUCUACCAGCAGUGUAACGCCUGUACACUCUGCAUAUGUUCGUUACCCUGGUGCUUACAAAGGUGCUUGGGUCAAUUCUGAAUUCUUGGCUGCUAUUGUCAGCAUGGUGGUUUUAUAUUUUGCAUAUACGUUCAAGUCAAAAAUUGUCUCCUAAUCUUAAUAUUAUUUAAGAAAUAUAAAAUAUUUUGUUACAAAGUC